AUGAACAGAGCCUUUCAAACAUCAAAGAGUUUCUUCAGUCUACCGACAGACAUAAAAAACGCUUAUGCAUUGGGGAAAAUAGACGGUCCCUACAGAGGCUAUGCAGGCUUAGAGCUUGAAAGUUUAGAUCCUCUGAAACCAGCUGAUUUGAAAGAAUCAUUCAGUUUCAUACCAAGUUCACAGGCUUUAGAAUGGCCCGACAGAUAUGUGCCAAACUUUGCCAUCGAUAUGAUGACGAUGCUUCAAAACACAGCAGAGCUUGGAUGCCAGAUACUAUCGUUAAUUGGUGAAGGGCUUGGGCUGCAGGUAUAG